UCGUGGAUGUGAUAUUAUUGACCCUCCUCGGAUGCAGGAUUUAUGUACUAUAGUCACUGUGCACGUAGGGCAGAAUCAAUCAACUUUUGUCACCGUCGUAUUACGGGCGUCUCUUGAUGACGACAUCAAAAUGCCCGCUGUUGUGCCAGAUGGCAUUCGCACAUUCCAACCCUCCCUUGGGACUCCGGAGGCACUGUAUCCGGUCGCUAUCCGUCUAUUUAUAUAUAUGGAUAUACAUAUCCCGCACGCCAUACAACGCAUGCUCACCUAGCCUGUCACAGCCUCGCACCCUUGAAGCUCCGAUCUCUCGCAUGCGAAGUAUCCAGAACUUCACACAGAUUAUUAUUAUAUUGUCUCUUACCUUUCCUAUUCCUCUCCCAACCCGGGCAGGUACCGGGUACGGAACUGGACGGAGAGAAGACUUGCCGACUGCCAACUGCCAACUGCCAACCCAUGCUCUUCCCCACAGUUUCUCGUGUCCCCAGGUCUCACUCCAGCCGGAUAGCGGCUGUGCAACAUCCGCAUGGCCCCAAAACCGUCAUUGGCAGGAAAAUGUGCAGUUUUCGGGAACGUGAUACCAUUUCUCCAGUGUAUCGGAUGGAGGUUGCCACAGCUAUGAUAAGAAAAGGCAGUGGAUAAAGCACCAGUGCUAGAACUACAGAGUGACCAAAAGUCACAUGUCCUAUACACACUAUCCUGAGGAGAUAUGGCUAUACUCUACAGGACCUGAUACCUGAUAACGGUG